AUGCCCACUGAAGGGGAAGACCGGUCAUCACAGACGAUAACGUUGCAAUUUGGGAGGGCGUCGAAUCACGUCGGGGCUCAUUAUUGGAAUAUUCUCGAUAAGGGUGAUGAUAAGAAGGUCAAGCAAGCCCUGUACAGGACGAACACCGCCACCCCUCGAGUCUACAUAUGCGACUUCAACAGGUCACUUG